UGCGUGGGGAAGACGUCGCUGGUGCUGCGCUACUGCGAGAACAAGUUCAACGACAAGCACAUCACCACUUUGCAGGCAUCAUUCUUAACAAAGAAGUUAAACAUUGGUGGAAAAAGAGUAAACCUUGCUAUAUGGGAUACAGCAGGUCAAGAGAGAUUCCAUGCAUUGGGUCCAGUUUACUACAGAGAUUCAAAUGGAGCUUUUUUAGUUUAUGAUAUAACAGAUGAAGAUUCUUUUCAGAAGGUAAAAAACUGGGUCAAAGAAUUGCGGAAAAUGUUGGGAAAUGAAAUCUGUUUAUGUAUAGUUGGUAAUUAAAUAGACUUGGAAAAGGAGAGACAUGUGUCCAUUCAAGAAGCAGAAUCGUAUGCAGAAUCUGUGGGAGCAAAACAUUAUCAUACAUCAGCCAAACAGAACAAAGGAAUUGAGGAACUCUUUCUUGACCUCUGUAAAAGGAUGAUAGAAACAGCACAAGUGGGUGAGAGGGCAAAAGGCAAUGGCUCCAGUCAACCAGGAGCUGCCCGGCGAGGUGUACAGACUAUUGAUGAUGAACCUCAAGUCCAGAGCAGUGGUGGAGGGUGCUGUUCUGGAUAACUGUUCACACCUCAGAAAUUAAAACAAACUGUGGAUCAUUGCCCUCAACAUGAAGACUGCCAUAUUCCAAGUCACAUUAUUUUACCAAUGGAAUUAUAGAAUUAACAGUAUUUUAAAUUACGUUUAUAACACUGCAGAGACCUUAAGUGCUAAACUUAGUGGAGUUUGUGACCAGAGAAUUGGCAUUUUCUACAAAUGUUAACAAAGCAAUUACCAAUGGCCUUUUUACAUAUUUUUUUCUUUAAUAAGGAAUAAUAUGCAUGUAGAAAAGACCUACUUAAAGGCUUCAUUUAUAUUCUUUUAAAUCAAAUCUUUAUUUAAUAACUUAUAUAUGU